GAUGAUGCUUUGAAGCAAAGGAAGCUGUUGCGAUUUGUAUAAAAGUUGCAGUUUCAGAAGCAGUGAAUCAGUACAAAGUAGACCUUUGCGAGUUUAAUUUGCUUCAAACUUUCCAUCUGGUAAUAAUACAAAAUGCGUGCCUUCAUUGUGUUGUGUUUGAUUGCCGUCGCCUGCGCUGAUAAGCUCGGCUACAACUAUCGUCCUGUAGAACAUUCGGACAGCGGUCUCUCAUUUGCGCCAGGUGGUGGCAGUGGAGGAUUAGGUGGUGCUGGAGUUGGUGUUGGACUAGCCGAAUAUGGACCAGCUCAAUCCGGACCAGCGCAAUCCGGACCAUCAUACAACGCACCAGCUGCUGAAUAUGAAAAAGAGUUCUUUACAUACACUGCUGAUGAAGCUGAAUUCAAUGAGCCCGCCGGUAAUGAUGUAGGACCUGAAUCGCUGAAGAAGAAUCUGCGUGUUAUCUUCAUUAAGGGACCUGAAGGUAAUGGCUUGGAAAACGCUGCCGUUAAUCUUGCCAAACUCGCUGCAGAGGAGCGCACUGCCAUCUAUGUGCUACAGAAACAAGCUGAUUUGGGCGGUUUGGCGAAUAAAUUGCAAGCCCAGCACGAUGUUAACCGCAACAAACCCGAAGUGCACUUCGUCAAAUACCGUACCCCAGAAGAUGCUGUCAACGCUCAACGUGCUAUCCAAUCGCAAUACGAUCAAUUGGGUGGCAAGUCUCAAUCGCAUGACGGUGGCGCUGCUCCAGUUCACAACUUCGCUUCGCCUGCUGCUCAGCCAGCGCCACGACCUGUCAGUGCUCCAGGUGCUGCUUAUUUGCCAUCCUCGAUUCUUCGCUUCUAAGCUGCGCGGAGUUUUUUCAACCCCUUGGAUCCUGAAGAUU